AUGUUUGGCACCACAGUCGGGCCGUAUCUCUGGAAUAGCGUCUAUGAAGACAUGAUGAGGGAUCGGUAUAACACAAUCCACGGGUUUAUCAGUUAUUGGCUUCCAAUUCUCUCCCUUGCUCUUGGAGCGUUUUAUGCCACGCAUCUUGUUUUCAGCCAGAAAAACCGUCAAGAAAAUACCAAACGGAUGGGCUUUGUCCUCGGGGGUGGCUUGAUAGUUUCUGGUUUGCUUAAUUACGACUUGGGGGACUGGGGUGCAACCUUGGUGAUAAUUGGGGUUGUAUUUUCAUUUUUGGUUUGUGUGCAAUAUACUGUGGUUUUCCUGGAUCCACGCAAGGCUUCAUGAACACUUAUCGAACGAGGUAUUAGACUACGGUUCAUUGGGGUGUGUGAUAUUGAGACAGG